AUGGCAUUUUCUGAGAAUUCGAUUGAAAACGAAAAUAAUGGAAAUAAUAUGAGCAUUGGAGCAGUUCCUAGCUCAAUUUCUUUGGAUCACAAUCAUCCUCUUUACUUGCAUGCGUCUGAUGGUCCAGGAUCCAUGUCAGUGGGACUCAUUUUGACAAGUAUGGACAAUUACGUUUUUUGGGGCCGUGCAAUGAAAGUAGCACUGUUAGGUAAGAAUAAACUGUAUUUGGUUGAUGGAUCGACAUCGAAGGAAGAUUUUGGUCCAAGUUUAGGAAUAUCGGCCUAUUUUACCAAGCUAAAGGAUCUCUGGGCAGAAUAUGAUUUGAUACUGCCAUCGCCUCCAUCAGUUACUGAGUAUAUUGAGCAACUAGAGUAUCAAGAAUUGCUGCAAUUUUUGAUGGGGCUGAAUGAUAGUUUUGAGCAAGCAAGGAGCCAACUUCUGUUGAUGCCAACUUUACCAUCCAUAGACAAGGCUUAUACUAUGGUGGUUCAGGAAGAAAGCAUGAAAUUGAUUACUGGUGGUAGCUAUGGACAUAAUGAUCCUACUGCCUUGUUUACUGCUCAUUCUAGACCAAAAAGGAACUAUAGUUUAGAGUGUGAUUUCUGUCAUUUGAAAGGCCACACUAGAAAUAAAAGUUAUAAAUUGAUGAAAUGUGAAUAUUGUAACAAGACAUGGCACUUAAAGGAGAAUUUUUACAAGAUAAUUGGAUAUCCAUAUGAUUUCAAGCAAAAGAAGAAAGCUAAUGCAGUCAUGAUUGAUGCAGCUGGACAACAAGGAACGACAGUCUUACCAAGAGCAAGUGCUAAUAUAGAAGGUAAAUGUUUUUGUGGUAAUAUAGCAUUAUGUAAGAAUUUAGAACUUUUCAAGUGGAUAGUAGAUAUCGGUGUUACUAAUCACAUGACUGGUGACAAAAAUUUGCUGAAAAAUAAAACUUCAAUAGCAAACUCAGGGCAAGUGCAAUUACCUACUGGAGAUUCAGUACCAAUUUCUCAUAUGGGAGAGUCUUUUAAGUUCAAUCUCAAGUCAGUUUCUAAGGUGACUGAGGAUCUCAAAUGCAGUGUUACUUUCUUUCCUAAAUGUUGUGUGUUUCAAGAUCUCUUGUUUGGGAGGGUAAAGGAGAUUGGUAGAAAGGAAGAAGGUUUGUACAUAUUAUCAAUGGCAUUAGGAAAAAUAAUAAAUAGAGCAUUUUCAGCAACUAGUAGAGAAGGCAUAGAGAUAUGGCAUAAAAGAACAGGACAUGUUCCAGUUCAAGCUCUCAGAAAGAUUCCUAGUAUACAACACUACAGCGAUAGAUUUGAUAAUGAUUCUCUAUCUAAGUGUGAAAUUUACCCAUUAGCUCGACAGACUAGAUUUGGGAAGCAAAUUAAAGUUUUUAGAUUAGACAAUGGAAGUGAGUUUUUUACAAUGCAUGUAGCGACCUAUUUCAAAUGUAUGGGAUUGUCCAUCAAAGCUCAUGUCCCCAUACUCCCUAAAAGAAUGGAGUUGUGUAAAGGAGAAACAGAUAUAUACUGGAAACUGCUCGAGCAAUCAGAUUUUAAGGGCAUUUACCGAAUUCCUUCUUCUGUUCUAGCACACAAGUCACCAUAUGAAUUGCUUCUGGGUAAGCCACCUUCCUUAACAUAUUUGAAGGUCAUUGGAUGUCUAUGUUUUGCCAUUAAUCUGAUAGGCCAUGAUAAGUUUGCACCUAGAGCUGCGAGGUUAGCCCUUCUAGGAUAUGCUGCACAUCUGAAAGGUUAUACACUUAUGGAUAUGGAGAAUAGAAAAGCAGAAGACUCAUUAGAGUCAUUAUUCUUGGAUAUAACUCCAGUGCCAAGGCAGGAUUUGGAUGAAGAACCAAAUACAACAGUUAGUUCUGUUGAUGCAACCAAUGUGCCAUGCUCAUCUAAUAUAGCUCCUACUGCACCCAAUAUCACAUGCUCACCUAAUGUGACCCCUGCUCUUGUAGAUGAACUGAAGAUUUCAUAUCCUAUUGAGCAUAAUAAUGUGGAGAGUCCUAGGGAUUCUUCUAUUUUGCUUAAUUCUAAGGGAACAAGGAAGUCAACUAGAGUAUCUAACCCCUCAUAUGGCUUAAGGAUUAUGUCAGAAAUGACAACAGAAGUACUGCAAGCUGCUGCAGUGAAAGACAAACGAUGGAUAGAAGAAAUACAGGCAGAAAUCAAAGCACUAGAGGAUAACAAGACUUGGGAAUUAGUAUCUUUGCCACAACUACAGAAGGCAAUAGGAUGCAAAUGGGUCUAUAAAAUCAAAUAUAAAGCAUUAGGAGAAGUUGAAAGAUUCAAAGCUCUUUUGGUAGCUAAAGGAUAUAUUCAGAGAGAAUGUUUGGACUAUCAAGAAACAUUUUCACCUGUAGUAAAAAUAGUUACUGUUAGAAGUGUGUUAUCUAUUGCAGCAUCAAGACAAUGGUCUAUUCAUCAAAUGGAUGUAUAUAAUGCUUUUUUGCAAGAGGAUCUAUCUGAUGAGAUGUAUAUGGAAAUACUUCAAGGCUUCAAUGGAUUAAAAUAUAAGUUCAAAGUUUGCAAACUGCUUAAGUCUUUCUAUGGACUUAAGCAGGCAUCCAGACAAUGGAACCUGAAGCAAAUAUCAGCCUUAUUGGAUGCUGGUUUUUAG